CCUGUUAGCAGGAUCCCAAAUCUGUCCACCUCACCAAAACACCGUGAAUGGAGCAGUAUUGUGCCCGGAGAAGGCGGCUGCUCAAAUCCACCGUUCUCCGCGGAUCUGCUCGUGGACAUGGCCGCGCGGAUCUUCAGCCUUAGGAGCAGCAGUGUGCGUGGACAGCCGAGACAACGGAGCACAAAGCAGACGGCCGACGCGCGGGCUCCUCUUGAGGCUUAGCGACCACCCUGAGCCCAUCUAACCAUUCUGCGGCACUCCAUAGCAUCAAAGACCUUUUUAUAAAGUGUAACCUUCAUAGCUACUAUAAAAGGAUCAUCUUUGACUGAAAUAACGGAGGAAGAGUAUGAGUGAACAGAGCAUCUGCCAGGCCCGGGCCUCUGUCAUGAUCUAUGAUGACGCCAGUAAGAAGUGGGUGCCCAUCAAGCCGGGCCAGCAGGGCUUCAGCCGCAUCAACAUAUACCACAAUACUGCCAACAACACCUUCAGAGUGGUGGGGGUCAAGCUGCAGGACCAGCAGGUGGUGAUAAACUACUCAAUCGUGAAGGGACUGAAGUACAAUCAGGCCACACCCACCUUUCACCAGUGGAGAGAUGCACGACAGGUCUACGGCCUCAACUUCGCCAGCAAAGAGGAGGCCACCACCUUCUCUAACGCCAUGCUGUUUGCCCUUAAUGUGCUCAGCUCCCCGGACAGUGGAGGUCCAGUUGUUCAGCGUCAGAAUGGACCAUCUUCAGAGGAGAACGAGGCACAGAGGAGGAUGAUGGAGCAGCAUCAGAUGCAGCAGGCUCAUAAGGAGAGGGAGAGACGCACAUCAGGAUCGGUCGUUUCCACCCUCCAAUACAAAGUGUCCAACCCCCCUGUCCACCCCGACACCCCUCCCGAGUACAGACAGUUCCGCGCUAGCACACUGCCGCCAUCCUACGCCCGCGUGGCCUCCGACUCACCCCCCUCCCCUGCUCAGGACAAGUCACAGCUUCAGGCUCAGCUCCAGGCGCAGCUGUCCACCUCUCUAGCCUCUGCCUUCUCCCCGGUGCAGGCUGGGGUGAGCACCCAGGGCCGGCAGGUCCGUCAGAUCCCCCUGUCCCCGCCCACAGCUGCUCGCCACCUCCACCAUCAGCAGCAGCCGGAGAUAGCACUGCCCCCUAAACAUGGCACUUGGUCUGCAUCACAUCUGCAGCAGAUGCAGAUGUAUGGUCAGAUGCCCCCCUCUAACUCUCCCCCAGUCAUGAUGGCUGUACCUGUCAAACAGGGCCUUCCCCCGCAACCUGUUCUCCCUGUGGCCCAUCCUUUGCCCCCGGUGAGGAUGAAGCACCCACCCUUGGACCCUAACUCUGCUUACCCACCACAGCAUCAGCAGCAUUACCAGCCCCCCCCACAGCAGACGCAGCAGCUACACCCACAGCAACACACUAAUGGUCAGCCUGAGGAGCCUGUCCCAUACUGUGACCCCACCCCCCCGGCAGGGCCCGCACCUUAUGCUCCACCUCAGUAUCCCACCUUUCACCCUCAGCAGCAGCCAUCACCACAGCAACUGCAGUCAUCGCCACAGCAACCACUGGUGUACCAUCAGCAGCAGCCCCCUGCCCCAUCGCCCCCCUCUUAUACUGCCUCUGAUGGGGGCUCGCCCAAGGAGACCCCCUCCCCAGUUCCCCUGCAGCCCCCCUUGGCCAGCAGCAGCCCCCCUGUCUCAGCCGGUCACCCCGCCAUGCUCUCUGUGGCACCGCCCACAGCAGUGCCAUCUCCAGCUCCACCACCACCUCCAGGCCCUCCACCCCCCAUGGCAGUGCCCCCUCCUAUGCCUCCACCUCUGCCUGUAGGCGGGGGUCCUCCUGGGGGGCCGGCCGGGCCUCCUCAGCCCUCGGGCCUAGCUGCAGCACUGGCAGGAGCUAAACUACGCAAAGUCCAAAGGGAUGAGAGCAGUCCGCCCGGCUCGGGGAAAGCCGACUCAAACCGCUCCAGUGGGGGCAGCGGCAGCGGCGGAGAGGGCCUGAUGCAGGAAAUGAAUGCCUUACUUGCGCGCAGGAGGAAAGCCUCGGAGAAACCUGAUGAGGAUGACUCGAGUGGUCGUGGGCAGAACUCAACAGAUGCUGUGAAAAAGCCUUGGGAAAGAUCUAACUCUGCUGAGAAGUCCUCACUGGUAUCCAGAGUUAGACCCAUCGGUAGCACUAGUGAGUCCGACUCGGAGUUUGACCGCAUGAAGCAGGAAAUUUUGGAUGAAGUUGUUCGUGAGUUGCAUAAGGUUAAAGAUGAAAUUAUCCAUGCCAUCAGACAGGAAUUGGGCAGAAUCACUACAUCCUAAUGGAGCGUCUGAGGAGAGGCAGGAGCGGCUGAUGGACUCACAGACACGAGGACCAAACAAUGUUCUCUCAAUGUUUCUGUGACCUCUCUGCCGCGGUGUACGUCGCAGAGAUGUUGUGCCAACAUUAGAGUCUGCUGGACAGAGACAGGACACACGAGGGGCGGAAGAAUACAACGCCAUGGGGGGACAUUUGGGCUGGAGUACUCGUGAUCAGCCCUGUGUUGCAACUCUUUAUCUUCUGUUGUCCCACAAAGGAAUUAUUUUUGUUUUUUAAGUUUUUACCAUUUUAUUAUUUAAAAAACAUGGUGUUAUAUGAUACCGUUCAUGGAAAUGCGUGUUUUACUGAUGAGUUUAAGAGGGCAAAAGGAAUCUUGCACACCUUUUUGUCAGUCUUUUAUAUUUUGGACUGUUUUUCUUUGUUAUUGAGGCCAUAAAUAUUUCACAAAGACAAGCACAAUAAGAGCAACAUGGAGCAGGACCCUCUAUGAUCCUCUGAAUGGAAGGGACCCUAAACCCGCCAGUGUUCAUACUUCUCCUUUACCGAUGUUGUGUCUCCUUUAAUUUACUGAAAUAUGAACUAUAAUUGGUUACCAUCUUUUCCUACACAAGUAAUGGGAUCCCAAAAAGUGACAUGUUCAAGCAAUCAUCUGAUCAGCUCCAGUGCAAGAGUUAGUUUGAAUGUUCAAAAAUGGCUGGACUUUGGGAUAAUUCGCCAAAACAGGCCCAGAGUUGUAAAUGUGCCACCUGCUUUCACUAGCAUUAGAACAACAGUAUGUAAUUUCUGUCUGUCUCUGCUUUGUAAAUCCCAACGUAUGCAUGAAACCCUAGCUAUCAAUGUUUGUUUUCAUUUGAGAAAAGAAUGACAAGUUAGCAGAUGGUGGUACAUUUAUUUUCAUGGUUUGUUUCUAGGAGGAUUUUCUGCUCUGGUUGUACACAGGGGUCAUUGCUGCCUAUGGAUCAGAAUGUGUUUAGGUUAUGUGAUAGAAGUGGAGACAUGUGUUUGCAGGUGGACUUUGGUUGAAAAAAACUGUUCUUUCCACUCUUGUCAACUAUUUUUGGAUUUUAAACCUGGAAGCUCAAAACAUUCAAUACAUGUGUCAAAACA